AUGACCCUUGUAAUUCCCAUGACAAAUUUGUGGUCGUUUACGAUGGAAGAUCAGUGUUUGGACGAAGACGAAACAUUCCUGUCUGAAGAAUGGGAAACUCAAUCCGAAGAACUUAAUUUUCUUUGUACGAACCCAGGGGAGAAAGGUAAGUAAAUUCUUUCACAUCUAAUUGAAUUCCCAUUUUCUUUUUAAUCUUAGAACAAAACCUUAUUACGUAUGAAAAGUGCAGCGAAAGGUUGACUGCCUACAUUCAUCCCUAAUUCGUAUGCAGUGAUCAUCCUGCCUGAUUUGUUUGAAUUAAGUACGAUUCUUUUGUGUUCUCUUGUUUAAUGUUGCAAAGUUCGGCCUUGAAAAGGUCUUGGUCUAUUUAAAUAGCACUUAAUAUUUGUGCCCUGACCUAUUUACUUAUUCAUCUCCCGUUUCACAGAUAUAUAUCGGAUCAAAGAGAGAGGAAUCAAAAGGAAAGAGUCUAGCAAAGUUGUCGUAGAAAGCGAAAGCUCUGUUGUAUCACUUGUUGAUCAACGUCGCUUUAUAUUACAAGUCACUUUUGAAAAGUUGCGUCGAUUGGAAGAUCCUGAAGCUUGUCUCAGGCGUACAGUUUUAAUAAACAAUACCUUGAAGAUGCUUCACAAGCAGAUCUACGCAGAAGAAAACCCGUUUGUUUGCGGCAGUGUAAUAACUCUACAGCCACCGGAGGCGACCACGAGAGAGGAUUCUUCGCCGCCACAUCCUAAAGUGAUAAGAUUAAGUUUUGACAACAACGUGGCGACGGGUGAUUCCAGGACAAAUUGUGUUGAAAACUCUUCAUCGUUAAUGGCCAAUGACAACUUGCGUGGUAGUUGUACAAUUUCUGAAUCUUUCCCGGAGGACGUAGACGACGAUGUGUUCGAAGAUGCCGAAGAAAUUGCUUGCGAUAGGGAAUCCUUGUUCGGCGAACUGGACAGUGUUUUUCAUAGCUACAUAUGUGCCUUGGAGACGUGAGUCUGAAAUUUUUAGAUACUUUUGGAAAUCGCAAAUGUUUGUAAAACUUUUGUUUAUUGCACCUUGGAGUUAUUUUAAUUUAUAGAACCUCCAAGGUCAACAUAUAUUUAUAUUAUACGUAUUGUACAAAGAGCAGAUUAUGUCGAUGAGUACAUAAGAUAUCACAGAUUGUCGAUCGAAUAAGGAGAUAUUUUAUGUAUAAAUGGAAAAUUAACUUAAUCAAAUCAGCCAUUAGUAAGUUAUAAAGCCACAGUGAAUAUUUGUGCCGAACGUUUUGUACAAAAUCACAAUUUGUAUACCCUUGUAACAUAGAGAUCUGGUUUAAACGCAGUUCUUUGUGUUGAUGUUACGACACACGCGAUAUAUCAAAAGAUUUAACCUUUAAUUUGGUAAUGAACAACGCACUUAACUUCGGAAGGAGGUUUAUCUGUGAAACUAGAAAGGAAAUCAAUGUUUUUUUCUCUCGCUAUGUUUAAAUUAAAACAUGGAAAGGUGACACAUUUCUGCGUGGACAUAGCUGCUGCAUUUAAUUCCUGUAUGUGAGGUCACAACCUUCAUGAAGUUUUAAACUACGCCAAAAAUGUAAAUUGAAGAAAGAUCACGACUUCAAACCCAACAAUUCAUUCUCAUUUAUUCAGUAAUGGCUCAGUAAUAUUUUAUCGAUUGAGGGUUAAAUUUUUUUGUUGCAUUGCAAUCAACGGCUGCAUGUGCACUUGUUCUUACAUUUGUUUCAAUUCAAGAACACAAUCUAGAUAUGUAGCGCUAUAUUUACUUCUAGAUGACCGUUUUACAUGUCUGUAGACACUGGCACUACUGGAAAACAGGAUACACUCCUGUAUACAGGUCGUUUCCUUUACCUUAUAAUACCAAAUUAGGCUACACACACAUGUAGCUAUGGACAGAGUCUUCUCUGCAGUGAUAAAAUCCACACCUGAUUUUACAUCACACCUAAAACGUCUAAACUUUUUCGGAGGAAUUGUUACUGAAAAUGGCUUAAUUUAUCACGACAUUGUUUCCUUGGAAUGUUAUCAAUAGCAGUGUUAUUAUGUUUGUUUCUUCUGUCACAUGUGGUUUAAAAACUCAUCUGAAUAUAUUGACACUUAGUCUCAUAAUUUGCUCAGAACUUUCAGAUGUAAAAUUGAAGACAUGCUGAGUGCAUACCUCAUCCAAAGCUUAAUAUUGCUAUUUUUGUGAAACUUAAGAUAGCAAUACAAUUGGACAUCUAAAAUUGAACUAAUGAUGAUGUUUAAAAACAACAUCUUUGAAUGCCAAUAUAUAAAUAUACACCUGUUUUCAAAACUAGUGUAAUUUGAAAAUAUACACAACAAAUAUACCUUUUGUUUUCUUCAUACCUCUUUGAUGAGGAAAUAAAAGGUGUUUAUGUUUCUUACAUUUUUUUAAAUUCCAACAUUCUUGAAAAUGGGUGUAUAGCUAUUUAGUAGUAAAUGUGUGAGACAGUGUUGUGGUAUCUGAUAAAAUGGAAGGGUGUUUUUACUUGGUUUUUAUUGGUCUGAUGGUUGAAAAUUAUGGAUUUAAUUUUUGGUCAAAGAACAAAUACAUGCUUUACUUGGAAAGACAAACUUGAGGUAGCAAUAUGGUUACGUGGACCUCAAUCAAAACAAUUCUUUUUUUUUUUUUAAGUUUCCAAAUUGGUUGUAAGAACUGUUUACAACAACUUUAACUACUACACUCUCUAGGUUUGCUGUCAUACAGCAAUGAAUUGCAACAUACAGGAUAACCAAAUUUGAGAUUACCCUAUAGAAGUGUAUUUAAGAGUCAGAGGAAAAAUGGCUAUUCUAUCUUGUAGAGUUACUGAAAGAGGUAAUAUAAAAGUGUGUAGCAUCUUAGUGUGACUGAAAGGUGUACAUGUACAUUUGUAUACAUGUUUUGUGUAUUGUAGAGUUCUGAACUUUCAAAGUGUAUAGUUUGACACAAAGUAUUUGUUAGGGCUGGUUUAUGGGAAUCUAACAACUUAAUUGAUCAUAUUUAGAUGCAUUUAAUAUAGUAAUUUAUAAUCAUGUUUAGAUCCUCCUAAUAAGCUAAGUUAUGAGUGAUACAUCUGUCACAUUGCAAUGCAAGUGAAAGAUAGAGAAAUGUAUAAGAAAUAUCAGAGCAGCAUUUAGCUAACUUAAUUAUUUUCUUGUUUGAUAUUAUCAGUGGUGAAUUGUUGGGAAAAACUCUUUAUUUUAAAAAAAUAUAUAUUUAUUCCCAUGUAACAUGUUUCAGAGUUUGUUUUAUGCUAAAGAAAACAUUUUGUCCAUAUACUUCACUUCCUAUAAAUGGUGUAAGUGCAAAACAGACCAUAGGAUUGUUGGGAAAGUAUAAUUAAGUGCAUAGUUUCUGGGGUGGGAAAACGUGAGAUCCAACUUUUUUUUAACGAUGGAUUCUGUUGUUUACAAUACUUAAACAAUUUUUCAAGGAAAGGACCAUGGAAAUAAUUGUCUUUUUGUUUUGGCUGAGAGUAAAAAUCACAGCUUCCUAUUUUGGUUAGUAGCAGUAUGUUAUAAUGUUGCUGAAAAAGUUUUGGGCAAAAAUAUUGUCUUCCUUGUACUUGAAACAUUAUGUUUCUUUACUUUAGUUUGGAGAAAUUUUAUUUUCAUUGAAAAGUGUGUCUAGAAAAAAAGUUUUGUGAUUUUUGGCUUUAAUUUCGGAGUACUUAAGUUUUGGUCAACCUAAUACCAAUUUGCACUUUAUGAAUAAUUUAUCUAUUCCUUUUUUUAUCACGUGAGAGUUGUACAGGUUAAGGUACAUUUUGCAGACUGUGUUUAAUUUCCCUCAGUCAUUUUUUAGAUCUCUUGAGAGUUAAUAACAAAUGAUAACUCUGAGGACACAAAAGGUGAUAUUCCUCGAAUUCAACAGUUAAAUUUCAAUCUAUAUUUUCUGUUUCAUCAUGUAGCCUCAACCACUUUGUUCUCAUUUUAUUAAUAGAAUUGAAUGAAAGUCAGAAAAUUUAGUUCACUCAGUACUAUAUUAUUUUGUUAAAUUUCUACCUCCACAUUAUUAAUCACUACGUAAAUUUUAUAUUCUGAUAAUUUAAUUACCAGCAUAUUCUCAUUACUAAAUUUGUCAGUGUUUAAUUAAAGUGCUUCCAUAUAAGUUCAUUUUUGAUGAUGUGUAAGGUGCUAGAUGGUUCAGCUCUUUGUAUAUUAAACUAUUUUAAACAUUUCUACCCC